GUGCCGUCGCUGCCGUGAACACGCCGGGAAAGCACGCGAUAUAUUAGUCUUUGUCGAGCGUACUCGCGAGAUCGACUACCGCGUGUCAACAGCGGUUUCCUCGAUCAUCAUCAUCAUCAUCAUCAUCCGGAACUUGCGACUAAUAGAUUAGCCGAUGAUUAUCAUGAAGGGACAUACGCUUCUUCAACUUGUAAUACUAUACGCUUUCGUGAUCAUCGGCCAAUCAAGGACAAUUCCUCAUAUCAAUAACACCGAUGUCCGUGAUAGUCAAAUCAGGAAACCGUUUUCCUUGGAGGAGAUAUAUCGUCAUGUCUUCUACUUGUUUGGUUUCAAUGGCAUAUGGAUUUCUGAUAAUGAAAUUAUGGUCGGAAACGUACUUUCAGGCGAUAUUACUAUUACCAAUGUAAUAACAGGGACAAAUGAACUCUUUUUUAACGGACUGAAUUUACCAGAUAAGUACAAAUAUAGCAUAGCAACUAUUUCGGCCAACAGGCAGUACAUUCUUUUCGGUUACAAUAUUAGACAAGUGUACAGAUACUCAACCGUUAAGAACUAUGUGGUGUAUGACACACGGAAUGGUACAUUUACGGAAAUUGCGAAUGAAGCUUUUAUCUCACUGGCGUUAUGGUCUCCAAUAGGCAAUGAUUUGGUUUACGUUCUUGAUAACAAUAUUUAUUAUAUGACUUUCAAUCGCAACCAAAAUGUAGUACGACGAUUGACAACAAGCGGCGAACCAGGAAUCGUUUAUAAUGGAAUUCCAGAUUGGGUAUAUGAAGAGGAAGUAUAUUCGUCUGAGACCGCGAUGUGGUACUCACCGGACGGACGGCAUUUGGCAUUUGCAACCUUCAACGACACACUAGUAAAGAACAUAGUAUAUUCUCAUUAUGGUACCCCCGGCUCUCUCGAAGAUCAGUAUCCUAGGGAAGUGAAGAUAAAAUAUCCCAAGGCAGGUACACAGAAUCCCGCAGUAUCUCUAUCGGUGAUCGAUUUAACUAAUCCAUCGUCAAAAGCAGUCAUCUUACAAGCGCCUGUUCACUUGAUUACAAACGACCAUAUUCUAUUCACUGUGAACUGGUGGAAUGAAACGCAUGUGAUCGCGACGUGGACUAAUCGCGUGCAGAACCAAUCCCAGAUAACUAUGUACGGUACAUGGGGUAACGCCAAAUCAGUUUUGUAUGACAAGGAGACCGAAGGCUGGCUACAGCCGAAUAAUCCUAUAAGAACCGGUGAUUACGCAUUGCUCUUACGUCGAGAGCAUUCUGGCACCAGCGCCGGCAGAUUUCGUCAUAUAAACAGGUACGAAUAUAAGGACGGUCAGUUUGUUAUGUCGAUGGAUCUGACGCCCGGUCCCUCAGAGGUUCACACGAUCCUGGCAGCGGAUUUGCCCAGAGGCAGAGUUUACUAUCUUGCAACGGCGCCGGGUGAACCGACCCAGAGGAAUUUGUAUUCGGUGCCUCUGGACGGAAGCCAGAAACCAACUUGCAUAUCUUGCAAGUUGCUCACGCCAGAAGGAAACAAAUGCACCUACGCGACCGCGUCUUUCUCGAGUCAGAGAUCGCAUUACGCCCUCACCUGUUCUGGACCUGAUCCGGCUACAGUGACGAUCUACAAUGCGACUCAUUAUCCAAUUUUGAUUUGGCACACUAAUAAAAACACAAGGUUACGUUUGUCGCAACGACUAAUUCCGCAACGAAAAGAUUUCAAGAUUAACGUGAACGGCUAUGACAGCAGAGUCAGAUUGCUCCUGCCGCCAGAUUUCGACGAAAGCAAAUCAUACCCCUUACUAGUAUUUGUCUAUGCCGGCCCGAACACAGUCAGGAUCAUCGAUGACUUUAAAAUCGGAUAUGAAUACUAUCUUACGACCAAUCGAACAGUGGUCUACGCGUGGAUCGAUGCACGAGGAUCCGCUUUUAAGGGUAGCAACAUGCUUUUCGAGAUAUAUCGGAAGUUGGGUACCGUAGAGAUUGAAGAUACAAUUGCCGUCACCGCAAUUCUGCAGAAGCGGUACAAGUGGAUCGAUGAGAAUAGAACUGGCAUAUGGGGCUGGAGUUACGGUGGCUUCACCACUGGAAUGGUGAUGGCGAAUGACGUCGACUCCGUCUUCAAAUGUGGUAUAUCUGUCGCGCCUGUAACUUCUUGGAUUUAUUACGAUUCCAUCUACACUGAACGAUUCAUGGGACUACCAACUCCGGAGGACAAUCUCUUCGGUUACGAACUCACAGAUAUCUCGCAACAAUCGGAGGGAAUACGCGGCAAAAAGUAUAUGCUGAUACACGGCAGCGGGGACGAUAACGUGCAUUACCAGCAGGCGAUGGCGCUCGCCAAGGCGCUGGAACAUAAUGACAUCCUGUUCGAACAGGUCACGUAUACGGACGAAGCACACUCUCUCGAAAACGUGUUCCCUCACCUCUAUCACACAAUGGACAAAUUUUGGGGUGAAUGCUUUAAGUGGGGACGCUGAUCAGAAUCACCAAAGAAAAUCUGUAGCCUUCUUGGCUACGGAUUCAUUCGCGUUGCACGCUAAAUUUUUACAACAUAAGAAAACGUAAUCGGUGUGAACCGAAAAUUAAUAAAGAUUUAUUUUGAAUUUGUUUCAAUUUGAUCUUAAUUCACACUGAUUCAAUAUGAAACAAUUUAGUGUGCUUCAAAUAAUAUUAAUGAGUCAAAGUGCUUUUAUAUAUAAAUAUAUUGUUAAGAUUAAGACUACUAUUCUCGAAUGCUUGACCUAAUCUUGAAAAAAGAUGGUUAAAAUGAAAAAUAUUAUAAAUAAGUUAUGAAGCAAUGUUUUUAUCAGCAGUUCAUAUAAAAAUAUAUUGUUUGGGAAAAAAAAUAAAAUUUUAAGUCAAUGUGCAUAACAUAUAAAUAGAGAAGAAGAGGGUAAUAUGGCAUCCAUUUUAAUUUUAUUGAAUUACUUGGUUAUUUAUAAUAAAUACUUUAUAUUGAAACUUGGACAAUUAUCAACAGAUUAAAUUUAAAUAGGCUAAUAAGAGUAACCGCGGUUGUUGGUGCGUGAUAUUGUAACAAUUUUAUUAUCUUUCCAUAAACUACGUAGGACGUUUUGACUCAGCUUCGAGACAUUCUCAGCCACAAACCAAAGGUUAAUAAAAUAAAGUUAAAAAAUAUUUCUAUUAAUUGACGCACCUUUCAGCCAGCGUAUACACUCGAGUAUAUAUACAUUCAUGUGAUAAUACGCUCAACAACAAAACAAUAGAAGUAUGUGUAAUUAAGUGCUAAAAUGUACUUUGAAAAAAAUUCAGAGUACUCAAAGGUAAAAAUGCCGUAUAAUAAUUGUUAGCUAUUGUGUAUUGGCACAUUAGCGCCACUAAAAAAUGGCAGGCUACUAAUUAAAUAAUUUUAUAAACAAUUGUUAAAAUUUGUCACCUAAUAACGGAGAUAAUGGGAGUAGCCAUAAUGUCCGCAGUAGUCAUAAUGGGAGUAGCCAUAAUACUUUUCUCCUCUACAUAUAGAUGAAUAAAAUUCUGGAUUUUGAUAACUUUAAAAAAUCAAUUAUUAUUAUUAUUAAAUAAGUUUGAAAGUUUUGUAAUUUUAAUAUUUCUUAUUGAUGCCAUUAAAAUAUUCGAAUGGAUUGAUUUGAUUGUAUAUACAAUUUUUAUAAGGAAAAUAAUUAUUUAUAUAAUAUACGUAUUAGAUGAUUGCAAAA